GACGUGGAUCCAGGAUAAAAUUUGACCAGUUUAACAAGAUAGACAUAAGAUUUGAACUCCUUAAACCCACAUAGAGAGCUGCACCCAAUCAUCAUCGCAUCAUAUGAUACGUUGAGCUUGGGUGCACACAUCUAUAUUUAAGUAUUUAAAAAAAAAAACAUACAUGAUUUAGGGAGGGAGCCUGGGUUCCCGUGAACCCAGAACACCCCCCCUCCCCCCUAGAUACUCUCCUGAUUGGUACUUGAUGGAAUAGUCAGAAGUGUUCCGAGCUCAAGCUUAUAUCUACAAGCAUGCCUUCAAUUUUGCAAAUUUCAUGGUUCUUUGUUGUGCAAUUCAAUUAGGCAUACCAGAUAUAAUUCAUAAACCAUAAGCAGCCCAUGACUCUGUCUCGGUUAGUUUCAGAGCUGAAACUUCCUCCUGCAAAAUCAAAUGGAAUUCAUCGAUUGAUGCGCCUAUUGGUAUACUCUGGCUUCUUUGCUACUACUAAAAUGCUUGAUGAAAAUGAAGAAGGGUAUGUUCUUACAGCUUCUUCUAAGCUGCUUUUGAAGAGUGAAAUCCCAAAUUUGUCACGUUUUGUUAGAUUAAUGGUUGAUCCUGUUUUUGUGAAUCCAUGUCAAUCUUUGGGGGAUUGGUUUCUAGGGAAUGAAACCAACCCAUUUGAAGCAGUACAUGGUGCAUCCCUGUAUGAAUUCUGUGACCGAAAUCCAGGAUUCAACAAAGUUUUCAAUGAAGGAAUGGCUAGUGAUUCCCAAAUGAUGUGUUUGGUUGUAAAGGACUGCAAACAAGUUUUUGAAGAGCUAGAUUCCUUGGUCGAUGUUGGAGGCGGCACUGGUGUUAUUGCUAAGACUAUUUUGGCAACAUUCCCUCAUUUAAAAUGCACCGUGUUAGACCUCCCUCAUGUUGUUGCUAACAUGCCAGAGACAGAAAAUUUAAGAUAUGUAGGAGAUGACAUGUUUCAGUCAAUUCCCUCUGCUGAUGGCAUUUUCUUAAAGCAUAUUAUGCAUAAUUGGAGUGAUGAGGAUUGUGUGAAGAUUCUAAAGAGAAGCAGAGCAGCUAUCAGGGAUGAAGAUGAUGGAAGAAAAGGGAAGGUUCUUAUCAUUGACAUAGUAUUGAAUAGAAAUGAAGAAGAAGCAGAAAUGAAAGAAGUGAAGCUCAUUUAUGAUGUACUGAUAAUGGUGCUUCUCGGUGGGAGGGAGAGAACUGAGAAAGAAUGGGAAAAGCUAUUCCUUGAGGCUGGCUUCAUGAGCUACAAGAUUACACCUGUCUUUGGCCUAAGAUCCCUCAUUGAAGUUUUCCUUUAAAAUAAUCCACUUAAUGUUCCUUAGUUUGUUUCUUUUUUCUUUGAGUUUUCUAUGUAUUUAAUGUGCAAACAUAUUUAUUCAAUCAAGUUAUAAUAAGACAA